GUCUUUGCUUUGUUUGCAUCAACGUAGGACGACUUCUGUACCAACAAAAAACAAACCACAAAUCAUAAAUAAAAGACCACUGGGAACAAUUUGACAAUGGAUACAAUUCAGUUGGAGUAGAAUGUAGACAGAUAAUAAUCCUAAAUCAUCCCAGGCACACACAAAAAGUUAUGCAAUAUUUUACUUACAGCAAAAAAGCAAAAAAUUGGCUGUAUCUCUGAAUUAAAAAGCAAAGUGGUGUCCUAUUAGGAUUUAGAAGAAGAGGAAAUGGAUAUUGGGCUCUUUCAAAAUAAAUGCUGUAAGGAACCAAAUAAAUCUUACCUAGUACUGGUAAAACAUCUUUUUAAGGUUUUGAAUUUGUGUGUUUUACAUUUUCAAACGUUUGAAGUGAAAGAAAUAACUUGUACUUACUUUAAGUUUUCAGCCAGUGGUAGAAGUUUAAAAAAAUAAAAACGAUGAACUCUUUCCAGCAAAUUGACUUGCCACUACUCCCAGAACAUUUAUAUUAAAUGUGACACCAUCAUCCAAGUUAAAUAAUUUGAAAAUCUAAAAGAAAAAAAAAACCAUUAAAAUGAAUGAGCAAAGCUGAUUUUUACUAUCACUCAUGGUAACUAGUCUGGAGUUCUAUCCAGAUGCACCACAGUCACAGUUUUUUUCUAACAGAAGGAGAUUGUUUUCCAUGAAACACAAUGGCACCAUUGACCUUCUGGCAGCUCUCUACCAACACAACAUCUAUUAUAACCUUAGGUUUGUUUCUUGAUAUUCGCGAUGUCUGUAAGCUGGAGUUUCUGCUGUUCUAUCCGUAUGUUUUCUCUCCUUCUGGCCCUGAAGUUUCCUCCUGCACAUUCUGCACCUGAUUUCUCUUCGUAUCUCCAGAGUAUCCUGAAGAACCACACGGCUCACGCUUGUGAAGGAGACGUGCUCGGCAUCGAAUGCCCCUCCAGGACGUCUGUGGCCGUUCUCUCGGCCUUCUACGGACGCCGUGUUCCUUACAAGCAUUUAUGCCCGGCUGCAAGCGCAAACACCACCGAAGACGAGGACACAGAAUGCACUUCUUCUGUCGCCAUGGAGAAGGUGCUGUCAGAGUGUCAGGACCAGCAGUCAUGUCACCUCCAAGUCCUUAGUCCAGUAUUUGGACCGGAUCCCUGUCCCCUCAUCAGCAAGUACCUCCUUGUCUACUACAAGUGCAGACCAGAGCACCAUCGCACCAGACUUGUAUGUGAAAAUGAGCGAAUGAGGUUGACGUGUAAAAACGAGACUGUCCUCGCCAUCUACUCUGCCACGUUUGGCCACCUGCUGCAUGGCAGUCCAAACUGUCCUCAAGAACCAGGGUCGCAGACCGACAUGGAGUGUUUGUCACCCGUGGCUCUGAGGAGAGUGUCCCGCAGGUGUCACGGCAGAACAAACUGUUCAGUACUGGCAGACACCAAGACCUUUGGGGACCCUUGCUUUUCUGGCACCCGCAAACACCUGCGGGUGUCCUUCACUUGUGUGCCUAAAUACCUCCUCGAGGACGUGGGCCGAGGGUCGACGGAUCCUUUUAUGAUCUCGGAUUACACACAUGGUGGAUGGUACACUGGCCCCACCUACAGGCCUCAAAACAAACUGUUAACCGACUCUUUGGAGAUCUUUGAAAAGUUAUUGGAUCUUCCUGAGCGCGUGGCUCUCUACUUUGUCUCUGGGAUCUGUGCCGGCCUCAUGUUCCUCCUCUGCCUGUUUUGUCUUCACUCCACUCUCGUCAGAGAUGUGAAAGAACUGGCCUCUGACCUUAAGCGUGAACUGAAAGCGUCCCGCAGGAGGCGCGAGGAGCUCAUGGACAACCUGUUUGAUGAUGACAUCUCGGACACGUCCUCCUUCCGUCGCCUCACACAGUCCUACCGGGCUGCAGACAUCUUCACCCUCUCAGCGGUAAACACAGAGCCCGUAGAACGGCAGGCUGAGCGAAACGUGGAAAAUGGAGACAUCUGGCCACACCUGGACUCCAGCCCCUAUGCCAUUCAUAUGAUCAAAUCCUACAACAACUGAGUCAGCUGAUGGCCUCUGCUUUGACAUUUGAGCUGAAAAGACUAAAUGCUUCUUUAAAUUUAACCUUGAAUGAGCCCAGUUAAUGCUGACGUGAUUCUAAAGGACCUACUAUUGGAGCAAAGUCUAGAACUUAAAGCUUGGCUAACAUGCCAAGCAGACUAUAUGGUCACAUUUUCAUAUAACAAGCAAAAAACAUUCAUUGCACUCCAAUCCAACUUGCAGAUAAUUGUUGAUUUUAUUAUUUACAUCAUUAAUACAGAAUCUACAUGCAUUCAUCAUUUCUAAUGGACUCGGGAACUCAAGAUAGGUCAUGUGAACAUGAGCCGUGGCGGAUCAACCAUGGGUCUCCCCUCUGCACAACGUAAAAGUCUUGUCUGGACACUGAUAAUAAUAAAAUGUUUAUGAGUGGAGCUGGGGACGGCUGUCGGUCCAGAACUGCUCAACUGUUGUGCAAAGACUAGACCCUCAGUUUUUAUGGAAUGAGUUUAACGAGUCAUAAAAAAGUAUGAGUAAAAAGAGCUAAACUUAACCCAAUUUGAAGAACACACUUGCUUUUUAAAUUGACCUCAAUUGUUGUGAAAGGUUACAUUAAAGUAUAUAUUAUAAUAAGAAAUCCACAAAUAUCCUACAUGAUUUGAAGCAGUUCCUGGUUUAAAUGCAUACACAAUACAUUCUUGGUAUGACCUUUUAAUGGAGAUGCUCACAUCUUAAAGUCUUUAACAGCUCUGUUUGUAGAAAAAAAAAAAAUCUGCAAAGGUCAAGGAAGGAAAAGAAAAAAAUGCCCUUUGUCCUCACAGGAAACAAACGCUUGACAUGUAAGGUUCAUGCAAGUUUUACAAAUAUAGAUCAAAUAAUAUUUUUAAACCAGUCAUUCUGGGAAUAGACGCUUGAUAAAUGUAAAACAAAUCUAUGAGGCAGUUUGUGUGAGGCAUCAGUACUGUACAAAAUGAUUAACAUUGUGGUCCGUUUCACAUUGUACUAAACAGUCUGGAUUAAAACAAUCUGAGCUGA